CCAAAUGACAUAAUUAACACCCAAAAGAAGUUAUAUUUCUUCAUAUAUAGAAGUGAAUCGCAAUGGCUAGCUUGAUUAGCAAGAACAAUCAUGUUUUGGUUUUGGUUAUAAUUUUGGGUCUAAUUGGGGCAUAUUAUGGGAACAUUAAGGUGGGAAAUGGGCAAUGCAAUGGUGAUUUGCAAGGGUUAAUAACACAAUGUGCAGUAUUUGUUCAAAAACCAGGUCCAAUUAUGAAUCCAUCUCCAACAUGUUGUAAUGUGUUAAGAAUAAUUGAUGUUGCAUGCAUGUGUACACACAUUACUCCACAGGUUGAGCAGCUGAUUAGUAUGCCUAAAGCUAUGCAUUCUCUUCAGUUCUGUGGCAAGCCCAUGCCUCAUGGAUCCAGAUGCGGAAGUUAUACAGUUCCUUAAGCAAGGAAUGGAAGAUCAUCUCCAGGGAGUUCGCUGUUGUAAUGGUUAAUUUUACUAGUUUGUCUUUGUUUUGAGUUUCUACCGUAGUUACUUUAUUGUAUGGAUUAGGUGUUUUGGUUUUUACCAUUUAGUCAUUCAGAUGUAUCUUUUCGAGCUUCGGAUUUGGCAUCUAAAACGUCCAUCCCAAAACGCGUUUGUGCUUAUUCUCUUUCACUUUAAAUGUUAUCACACGAAUUGAAUUAA